UCCGAUGGUCGGCGAGGGUCGGCCUUGACGGGGCGAGGGUGAACGCCGGCGAGGCCGCCCUCACCAGAUCUGGUGAGGUCGCGAGGUUUAUGAUGUGUUGCGAUGGGGGGUGAGAGAAAGCGUACCUUGGGAUCGAGAGUUGUGAGGUUCGGAUUCACCUUUGGUGGUACUAGAGCAUAUCGAUCGAUCAAAUUCAGUGCAAAUGUAGCUUCCCCUUCUCAUUCGCAGAUCCUACGCUAUUUGGGGAGGCACCCAUUUUAUCGGGUUAAGUGUUCUUCGGUAGAGCAGGAGUUACGUCCACGCCCAAAGCCGAAGCAAUCAAAAUUCGAUGUCGAUUGGCCUGAGCAAACUGUUUUAGAAGAAGAUACGGGGACCAGAAAACAUAAUCCGAGGAUUUGUAGUCACAUAGAGAAGCUGGCAUUGCACGGGAGAUACCGAUGGGCGCUGGAGUUGUUCGAGAUUUUGGAGUUCGAAGGCCGAUUUGAGGUUGGUUGUAGCACGUACGAUACGCUGGUGCGCGCAUGCAUUGGGUUGAGAUCUGUUGGAGCAGUUAAAAGGGUGUUCAAUUACCAGGUCAAUACUGUGUUUGAGCUGGAUUCGGAUGUGAGGAACAGGGUGCUGCUCAUGCUCGUAAGAUGCAGGAUGAUAAUGGACGCGCGUAAGUUGUUUGAUGAAAUGCUUGGCAGAUCUGGCAAGGGUGGCCUUGCCGGCGUUCACCCUUGCCCCGACGAAGGCGACCUGGUUUGUGGCAGUGAGGGCCACUCUCGCUCUGGUGAGGCUAGCCCUCGCUGGAUAUCGGAGAGGGUUGGGUUCUAUUCGUGUUCCCCUGCUGCAAUUCAAAAGACAAGUUCUUCAGGAAUGGUGAACAGAUGGAGAGUUCCAUCGCUUUUUGAUCAAAUUCAUGCUUACAUCACUGCUCAGGUUCUUGGGUAA